AUGAAGGACCGGCGCUUCACGCUUGGACCAUCCAGGCUCACCAAGUUGGAACUCGGGCACGAGAUGCUUGAUGCGAUCAAGACGGUUGACCGCCUCCCGAGUCGGUUUUUCGUUGGCGAUGCCCAUGAGGCUGGUCAGUACAGCGUGCUGGUCUUUGCUGAUUCCGUCUACAACUUUGACAGUUAUACAGACUGGCCCAGCUGUUUAAGACUACCGGUGCGGCUAUUGCCGUCGGGUACGGGAUCUUCCCAAAGGACCUCAUUUUUGGGCCAGGAGCGAAACUCUACGGGUAUGACUAUGUUGAAUUUGACGCAAUUGGCGAUGACUUCAGUGCGCCAAAGCAUAGCAUGGUCAAGUGGGCCAGUACGAGGCGAAGCCGGCUAUAUGCAUGUCAAGGAUGCGUGGUCCACCAUUUUGCGCAAGCAGGUGAUCACGCACAUCGUCGAUGGCACGCAGGUGGUCCUGCAGGCCGAAAUCGUCGUUGAGACUGGCUGCAUGUUGUCGUUUGCUAUUUCUCGUGUGAUGGUUAAAGACAUCCGCGCCUUGCGGAGCAUUUCGCUCUUGCCGUGUGAGCGCUAUGUCAGGAUCCUAGACCUCUCUCGUCUCUGGAAUCGUCGCACUCAGAGUUUCUGCGGUGACCGCAGGUAUGUCAACAUCUCGCACAAUGUCUACGAGAGUUGCCACCUUUAUCUUAGCUCACUUGCUCCCACCUCUAAGACUUACGCCAACCUUCUCAAUUACAUGCGCAAAGCAAAGGGUGGCAUUUGGUUGGUGAGCAAAGAGCUUGUUGCGCCGUGUAACCUCGAUCCACGAGAUCAUGAGCCGUUGGCCUUGGCUGUCUAUGUUCGGGUCAUUCAAGAUGCAUGGCAACAUGAGGAGAUCAUCACCGCGCUUGUUGAGUCCCGCCCCAAGUCUUUUUUCGCGAGCCUCGCCGAGUACACAAGCGUCCAGGUCGACUGGCUCUCGAGCUGGUUCUCGAACAUCUCCAUGGUCCGUUCAUUGGUUGAGCAUCUUACCGCGGAAGGCAUCAUUCGAGGCCUCGUCGUCGUGCCCCCAUAUGAGCGCCGGCAAGUCGAAUUCUUCCACCCCGAGGGCGUUGGAGGCACAGUCGCGCGCGAGAUUGCGGAACAGGCCGAGAACAGCAGUCGACUCUCGAAGUCUGUUGCGGCGAGAGUCGGCUCGGAGCAUGGCGUAGCUGUCAGUGCUAAUGAGCAUGACGGUGUUGUCGUCACCAUCCCCACUGCAGACGGGCCCGUCUCACAGGAGUUCACUCCCGCUGUCCAGCUCGAGUUCGGUGAGCCCUUUGAGGCGGACGAACACUAUUGCCCCCGUUGUGCUGUUAUGCAGGAACUUGGCGGCGAACAGCGGUCCAUUUGCAAGCAUUUGAAUCGCCCGACUGUUUAUGGCCUGCAUUCGACGCAGGACGACGUCGCGCAAACUGCAGCCGAUCGGCAAG